AUGACCUCAGCUCAGACAACCCAUAUUAUAGGCCUGGGCAGCAUUGGGUCCUUUGUUGCCCACUCUCUUCGAUCUCUUCCUAACCCACCUUCCGUCACUUUACUUGUCCAUCGAUCAAAUCUCUAUGAAGAACUAGCUUCUAAGGGGUGGAAGCUAGGUCUACGACUAGGAGAAAAUGGCGAUCUACAAGAAGAAGGGGAGUUUGACGCAGAGAUGCUGGGAGAAUCCUCCGACUCUCACCCGAUUUAUAACUUGAUAGUUGCUGUCAAGGCAUCCGCUACGGUGUCUGCCCUCGAGCCUAUUCGACAUCGGCUCGGGUCACAUUCGACAAUCUGUCUCUUUCAGAAUGGACUAGGUCAGGUCGAAGAUCUCAACAAGCGUAUGUUUCCGGAUAUUUCCACACGACCAACGUACAUAUUUGGCAUCAUGCGUCAUGGGGUCUAUCUGAGAUCUUCGACCGAGGUUGUUCUCGCGAGCUCGAAUGGUUGUGCUGCUGUGGGCAUUGUAAGGAAUGAAGAAUUUUCUUCAAGGCCAUCUCAGCCUCAGUUCCUACUGGAUGUUUUGCUUAAAUCUCCCGUCCUUCGUUGUGAAAAGAUGGAGUGGCCACAUCUUCUUCGAGAGCAGCUGCUGAAGCUGGCUGCGAAUUGCGUGCUCAACCCUUUAACGGCAUUACUCGAUGUGCGAAACGGUGAUAUCAAGGAUAACCGUGACCUCUGGCCUCUGCAUUGCCGCCUUCUCAAAGAAAUUUCGAUGGUUUAUGGGAAACUUCCCGAGCUCCAGAACUUGCCGCGCGAUCUGGCCCAUUUCUCAGUUGAAUUACUUGAAAAUGUUUUAUUGGACACGAUUAAUAAAACAGCACGAAACUCGAGUAGUAUGCGCGAAGAUAUUCGAAAAGGCCGAGAGACAGAAAUUGAGUAUAUCAACGGCUGGAUCGUCAGGCGUGGCCGCGAGUUGGGAAUCGAUUGCGUGGCCAAUGAGUCUAUAACACAACUUGUACUUGCAAAGAGCCACCAGGACGGAAGGGAUAAGAAUUUCCAGAUUUGGAAAGCAAAAUAA